AUGAAAGACUCUAAGAGAUUGUUCAUGAGCAACGUUGACUUCGAUAGAUACGGUAGAAUCAAGAAGUCGCCUGUCGCUCCUCCUGUCUUUGAGGAGCCUCUGAGCAUUCGAGUGCCAAGCAAGCACAAAAAUUUCGAUCGCAGGGAUCGUGCGACUUCUCGGGUGGCUGGAGGGGAGGAGCGACUUCUUGCUCCAGCUGGCGUCGCUUCAUGGCCAAGGGACAUGUCAAAGAUCGAGGAGAAAAUCACGCAAGAACUCUAUCCUAUAAUAGAUGGCAUGCAGCUAGACGUGUUUCUCAUCGUUCUGAAUGCGUUGCUAAGUGAAAGGAGUGGGAGGGACGCCAUGAAGUCGAUCUGCGACGCGAGAGGACGAGACUUCGGGGGGCAGGAGCCCGAGCUGCUUCCUCCUGCCAUGCCUGCUCGGCUCUGGAUGGAGGAGGAGGGUCGGAUCGGCGUCGGGCUGCGAGCUCUAGCAUGGAUCAAGCUCUGUUGGACCCCCUCGAACUUCCUCGGCGGGUGGAGUAGCGUGACAGACCGGAGGAAGAGUUUGCGGCCCAUGAGCGCUCCGAGCAUGGAGUAUGAGCUUAAGAUCCAGCCCCUCCCCUUCCCCAAGCCCUUCGAGGGAUGUCACUGCAGGUGUGACGACCACUCUUCCUUCCUUCUGCAGACUACUGGGGUUGAGAAGAAACCAGGUGCCAGCGGGUCGGUCAAGAUGGAGACUGUCAACGUCUGUCUUGUUGGCAACUUUGCGGGGAGUCUGACGGCUGACCAGCUCACGAAGUGCGCGAAGCUAAUCCAGAACCUCCAGCCGGCGCACCAGUACGAGGUCAAAAUCCGCUCCUUCAUCAGGCGACCCAAGAGCGGCGAGAAGCUUCAUGGGACUUGGAGUGAGGGCGUCAAGCUCAGCACCCGCCCAGCUCCUCCCGCCGCCCCGUCCAACCUGCGAUGCUCGAGAGUGACUGAGGAGGUGGCGGAGCUGCAGUGGGAGGAGCCGCGGCUGAAGCACGGAGCUGAUCUCAUCGACUUCGAGGUCUGUCUGCUGGCUGCCAGCUGGUCUAAUCCCGUUGUCCUGGUGGUGUACAGAGUGAUUUCGAUCGAAGACAACCCGAUCCCAGCUCGGGGUGAGCUGGAAGGAUCGAGCUUCAUGAAGCGCCUGCAGCAAACCUACCAAGACGCGAAGCUCUGGUCGAGCAGCAGCAGGAAGGGCUCGAUGUGGUCGGAGGCCUUCGUCCUCGGCCCCUUCCUCCCUUCCUCGGAGAUUCAGUGCAAAGUUCGCGCCAGGAGCUCCAGCGGGUGGGGAGAGUUCACCGAGACCCUCUGCUUCAUCACUAGCGACGCUCUUCCUAGUCCUCCGCUGAAUGUCAGCAUGGAAGCGACGGCAGCGGAGAGGGAGGAAGAGGGCAGGCGCUCGCGACCGCUCGUGAGCUGCAGGAUACGCUGGUCCCCUCCUGCGUUCCUGCACUGCCGCUCGGGGAUCAGCAAGUAUGAGGUCAAAGUUUGUGAGCGCUACAAGAAUCGAUGCGAGGAGGAGUCAAGCUCCCUGCAGACCCGCGAGUGGGUGCACGAGAUUCAGCUCCAGCCUCCUCCGCAGGACCAGGAGAACUCUCUUCCCCCUCCCCCUCCCCCUCCUCUUCCUCGCGACUACGAGUUCGAGGAGCUGUUCCGUACCCAAUGCAUGACCCAAGAGGAGAGAAACGCUUUGGCGUUGGCAGAAGCGAACGAGGAGGAGGAGGAGGAGAAGGGGAAACAAACGGAUGACAGCAAGUGUGAAGCUUCGUCCCCGAUUUCCAGAGGUUUCAAAGGAGCUGAGGGGGAGCAACAGCUGCUACUCGAAGGGUUCAAACCUGGUUCAAAGAUUACUGCGAAAGUUCGAUGCUUCAAUGUGGUAGGAGCCAGCGACUGGUCGGAGGAGGUGGAGGUUUACCUUGCGUCAUCCUUUCCUGCUCCUCCUCUCAAUGUUCGCGCCAUGGCUCCAACUUUCAAUACUCUGGUGGUGGGUUGGGAUGUGCCUCGGACAGACCAUGGCAGCUCCAUCACCUUCUAUGAGGUUUGCCUCCUCCUAGACGGUCGGCAAGUGAUCAAACGUGUCAACGGACGCAUCAACGGCGUCAAGAUCGCAGGGCUCGCGACAUCUCGACAGAUCACAGAGCUUGUGGUCUACAGCAUUAAUGCUGUCGGCAUUUCGCUUCCCAGUCAUCCACCCCUCUCCCUCACUCUCCCCCCUGUUCCUAAAUCUGCUUCCUGA